AUGUCGUUCUUUCUGUUAUUAGUCGUGUGUUCGUUCAUGACGCCCGUCGGGGCUUUUCUUUUGUCGUUGUUAUUACCGGGAAAGAAGGAGAAAGAGCAUGAGGAGGCCCUCACUGAGGAGUCGGCUGAGAUUGAUGGAGGCGUUUGGGAGCGCUUGUCUGUGUUUGAGCACAUUGAGCAAGGCUUGAAGAAGAAUCCGGAUGGGCCGGCUGUGAUUUGCACGUUUCAGCCUGCGGAUUACCUUGAGGACUUGGUACCUUGGGAUGCGAAAGUUCAGCGGCCGGAUUCGUUAUGGCAACAGCAUCAACCCAAUGGCGUCCUCGAGGACCAAAACAACGACCACCAAAAUGUCAUGCCCAACGGUACAUGCCUGAUCCUUAGCUACAUCCAACUCCACCGCACCGCCCUCAACCUCGCGGCCGGCCUCCUUGCCAAUGGCGUCCAGCCCAACACCACUAUGCUCAUGCUCAUCCCUAACGGCAGCGAAUACGCCCUCCUCCUCUGGACCUGCAUCCUGCUGCGCAUUACCUACGUCAGCCUCGACCCUGCCUCGCUCGACAUCUCAGGUAUCACUAUCCUCAAGCACACGCUGCAAACGCUCAAACCGCAGCUCGUUGUCGCGCCCGAUGCUCUCAGCGGCAAGGCCCUCGACAUCGCUGUAUCGGAGCUGCAGCUGCCUCAGCCCAUUCGCCUCUGCCUCUCCUCUCCCGGGACCCGUGGCUGGAAAUCCCUCGUCGACGUAUCCGCUGAUGGGGCGAAAAGCCCCGUCGACGAAGCCGCCCUUGUCGCUGCCGCACGACACGACAACCCAGAGCGCAUCCUCUCUGUCAUAUACACGUCUGGCACAUCCGGUCGCCCAAAGGGCUGCCCCAUGCGUGUAGCCGGCAUGUCCCACGUGCUGCAUUCGCAGUCCUGGCUUGUGGACUCGGAAGUCGGCGCCUUCGCCCUCCAGCAGGCGCACAACUCGCGGGGCAUCGCGCCAGCGCAGACACUGCAAACCUGGCGGGCGGGCGGGGCUGUGGUGAUGACGGGACAAGAGCUCAACGUCGCCGCCGCCGCCAAGGCGAUUAAGCAAUUUGGCGUGACCUUCAUCGCGAUGACGCCGCCAAUGGUGCACGAAAUGGCAGCGGAGCUGGCUGCCAGGCCUCUUGACGUUAGCUUUGUGAAGAAGAUCCAGGUCGGCGGGGAUGCCGUCACCAAGGGUGUACUGAUUAAGUGUGCGGCGCUUUUCCCGCGGGCGCAGGUAUGCGUGAAUCAUGGCAUGACAGAGGGCGGCGGGUCGUUUGUGUGGCCCUUCUUCGACACGCCGGCUUCCAAAAUCCCGUACUUUGGUGAGAUUUGCCCCAUUGGGGCGGUAGCGCCUGGUUCUGUUAUUCGGAUCUGGGAUACAGAAAAGAAGUGCGUGGUCAGGAAGGGGGAGCUGGGAGAGCUGCACAUUUUAUCUGGAAGUAUUAUAAGGCAUUACUGGGGAGGCAGGUCGGAGGAAUCGUUUUACAAUGAUAGGAAAGGUAGGUGGUUUAACACGGGGGAUAUUGCCAUGGUGGAUAGGGAUGGGCUGGUGUUCAUUCUAGGCAGGAGGAAGGAUAUGAUCAAGCGCGCGGGUGUGGGCAUCAUGCCCGCGGCAAUCGAGAGUUCUAUUGAGGCCUUCACUGGCGCGCAGACGAUUGUAGUGCCAGCUCCACAUCAUGUUCUUGGUGCCGAACCAUUCGCUGUGCUCGACUCAUAUAACGGCAAAACUGAAGCGCAAAUCAAAGAUCAUGUCCGGGCCGCGUUGGGCAGAGAUUACGCGCUUGGUGGGCUGGCGUCGUUGAAGCAGCUUGGCUUCGCCGAGUUCCCGGUUAACCUGACGCAUAAGGUUAUCAAGUCCGAGGUCCAGACAGCGGUGGUGAAGCAUCUCGAGAGAAUGACGAGAGGAGAUGGUAAGGUGGAAUAA